AUGGCCGAUCUUGCAACCCUGACAUUAAGUGAAACCACCCACGCUAACGGGAACUCGCACAUGAACGGCGCAAAUAAUGCAAAUGGAGACCACCAGACCAACGGAGGCCUCGAGGAUGCCUUUGUUGAUCGCGUAGCAACUUCCGCUAACACACCCGAGCUGGUGCCUGGCCUAGUCGAUCAAGUUGCUUCCCUUGGUAAAGUUGCCAGUCUCCAAGACCACACCGAUCGAACAACGCUUUUGGAAGCGGCUCGAUCUCUGGUCUAUGCACUUGAAACCCCACGUGAGGCUAUGAUCAGAUACUGCUGGUCCCAGGCUACUCUCUAUGCAGCUCUUGAGACGGGUGUUGAUCUGGACGUUUUUGCUAUUUUGUCAAAGGAUGAAAAACCCAAGUCUGCUGCCGAGCUGGCCAAAGCCACAGGUGCUGACCCCGUUCUUCUUGCUCGUAUCCUAAAGCACCUGUGCGCAAUGGGAGUCAUCCUUGAGACUGGUCCUAAUGAAUACCGCCGCACGGGAAUUUCCAUUUCUCUGAGCUUGCAACGAUACAAUGAUGCAUACCCUUGCAUGACUAAUUGCAUCACCUCUGGUGUGCUUGCACUGCCUGCCCAGCUUAAGAAGGACGGCUAUUCUAACCCAUCCAAUGGCAAGGAAUGUGCCUUCCAGCGCGGAUUCCGAACUGACCUUCACUUCUUCGAAUUUAUGAAGGAGAAUCCGGAGGCUGCUAGUCAAUUCAACAAUCACAUGUCUGUCUACCACCAAGGACGUCCUAGCUGGAUGGAUGUUGGCUUCUACGACGUGCCCAGUCUGUUCUCCAAUGUUGCACAGGAUGAUGUUCUCCUUGUCGAUGUUGGUGGUAGCAUGGGCCAUGAUCUUUCAGAGUUCAGACGCAAGUGGUCUGAUGCUCCGGGACGCCUGGUUCUCCAGGAUCUUCCUGAGGUGAUUUCCCAAGCCAAGACAGGGCAGCUGCACUCGAUUGAAACAAUGGAGCAUGACUUUUUCACCGAGCAGCCUAUCAAGGGCGCUCGCGCUUACUAUAUGCACUCUGUCCUCCACGACUGGACAGAUGAUAACUGCCGUAAGAUCUUGAAAGGCCUUGUGAAUGCCAUGAAGCGUGGACACAGCAAGGUGCUGAUUAACGAGAAUGUUAUUCCUGAUACCAACGCGUACUGGGAGACAACUAGUCUGGAUAUCAUCAUGAUGGCCGAUUUCGCCUCAACCGAGCGGACUGAAGCUCACUGGCACCAACUGGUGGGAUCUGCUGGGUUGAAGAUCACAAAGAUUUGGAGUGCCCAGAAAGGCGUUGAGAGUCUUAUCGAGUGUGAAUUGGCGUAG